AUGUUAAGAGUGAAGAAUAUAUUUUGCAAACACAAGAAUGGUGCCAGGUUUGCUGAAACAACAUGCAUCCCAUAUAAUCAGAAUUGCAACAUUGAUGGUGGUGAGGGAACCAGAAAUGUUCGAGGCUCACGUAGGGUAAGCACUGCAACUAGUGUCACCUGUAUUAGUGGAUGUAGAGGCAUUGACAACAUUGGAAUCAUUGGUAGUGGUGCACGAAUCUCUAAUCGAAUUCGAAACGUGAGGGGAAUGAGUGGAACUGCGGGAGAAUUGCAGGGAGAGAUCUAUGACACAGUGAUUAUAGGAGGAGGUGUGACCGGUACAGGGUUGCUUUUCUUGCUGUCUAAAUUCACAAAUUUAAAAAAGUUAGCGAUAUUAGAAAGAAGAAGUGAUUUUGCACUGGUGGCAUCUCACGGGAAAAAUAAUAGUCAAACCAUACACUGUGGAGAUAUAGAAACGAAUUAUUCAUUUGAAAAAGCAAAGUUCAUAAAAAGAUAUGCAGAUUUGUUGAGAAAUUAUUUAGGAAAAUUACCCUCAGAUAAAAGAGAUGAUAUAUCAAGUAUUACACAAAAAAUGGUUUUAGGAGUGGGAGAAAAAGAAUGUGAAUUUUUAGAACAGAGGUAUCCAAUGUUUAAAAAAUUAUUUAAAUCCAUGAAGUUGUAUAAUAAGAAUGAUAUACAUAAAGUGGAACCCAAAGUUGCGUUAAAAAAUUCGCAUACCUUGAGAGAUGAAGCAUUAUCAGCUUUGUAUAUGCCACCAGAAUUAACAACAUGUGAUUUUCAGAAACUUUCAAGAAGUUUCAUAGAAUGUGCAAAUAGUAUGAACCAUAGUAGUACAAAAAAAGUUUCUGUACAUCUAGACACAGAAGUAAAUAAUAUCGAAGAAAUAAAUGAAUCACUGUACAAAAUAUAUACAAAUAGAGGAACUAUUAAAUCUCGUUUUGUAGUUGUAUGUGCAUGUGGACAUUCCUUAAUGAUUGCACAAAAAAUGAAUUAUGGAUUAGAAUAUAGCUGUUUACCAGUAGCUGGAAGUUUUUAUUUUUCUGGAAAUAUUUUAAAUGGAAAAGUAUACACAAUUCAGAAUCCAGCUUUACCAUUUGCAGCAGUUCAUGGUGAUCCUGAUAUUAUUGAGAGAGGAAAAACUCGAUUUGGACCUACUGCUUUACCACUACCAUUACUUGAGAGAGAUAAUAUGAACACAUUAUUAGAUUUUUUAAAAGUUUGGAAUCCAGAUUUUAACUUAUUUCAUGUAUAUUUUAACCUGUUUAAAGAUAUGACAAUGCUGAAAUAUGUCUGUAGAAAUUUCCUAUUUGAAAUUCCAAUUCUAAAUAAAUAUUUAUUUCUCAAAGAUGUAAGAAAAAUUAUACCCACCUUAACCACUAGAGAUUUGUCAUACUGUGUCGGUUAUGGUGGUGUUAGACCACAACUCAUAAAUAAAAAAACAAAAAAACUUAUUUUAGGAGAGGGAAAAAUUGAUUCAGGAAAAAACAUUAUUUUUAAUAUCACUCCAUCACCUGGUGCUACCACCUGCUUAGGUAAUGGAGAGUAUGACAUGAAUACCAUAUGUGAACGCUUAAAUGCAGAGAUAAACAAAAAACAGGUAAAGAAGUUUCUUUAUGAGGGAGAAUAUCCCGUUGAUUAUUUAUGA